AUGCAUGCCGAGGAGGAGGAGGUUGCGGUAACUAACCCUGCACUCUCGUGGGUUUCCCGUGUUCUUCCCGACGAAGUCAAGUCGGUUCAUGGUCCCCAACCAGUCCGUAACCAUUUCCUUAAAGGCAUCCUCUCUGGAGACGCGCGGACCACUUUUCAAGUGAAUGUCACUCCAGACUACAGAUCAAUGUUGCCAACUGAAAUAUGCACAAAAUACACGCUCCCCAACUUCAAUUGUGCACUUGCCAACUUUAUCGCACGUUCAUCAUCGUCCAGUGGCGAACAUGCCUGCUGGGACCCCAGAUAUGGGCGCUACCAUGCUUGGAACAAAUUUCAGCUGCAACUUCAUUCAGCCUUCCAGCAACGCGUCAUCAUGCCAAGCAGAGUCGUGCAAGCGCACCCGCCAAGUGAUGAUUUUCCCUUUGGCAAUUGUGACACUGUUCUCAUUGAUGCCAUGGGAAUUAAUGGCGAAACGAGUAUGUAUAUUCUAUGCGCCUACAUUCUAGCACUAUUAAUAUCAUAUACAGCAAGUCAACUACCAUCUUAUCUAUCCGACCCACUUCUCUACAUCGAAUUUUUCCACUUCAUUUCCAGUCCUGAUGACCAGCCCGAACUCGCGAUGUGGACUGUCGAGCGCGCAUACAUGCAGGAUCAAAACGGCAACCGUCAUAGAGAGGGGGCUGUUGUACGAGUGACGGAUGUAACACUUGCAGUUGAACUCAUACCAUGUUUCGGUGAGAAAGUGGCUGGUGAUGUUUCAUCAGCCACUUGUUUGGAAUGUUACGAGUGUUUCUUUCUGAACAACUUUGCGGACAAAGAAAGCUAUCAUACAUUUAGUACUGAAUUUGUGUAG